GAAACAUUGAAGUGGAAACAAAAGUUCUUUCCUCAAAGCUUCACAUUUAUUCACUAAUAUCACAACGCGACUUGGCACAAUGUGCCUCAUGUGCAGGCGAAAAAAAUCAAUUAAUGGAGUAGCGAAUCAGCUGAAACGAAGUUAGUGCUAAUUAGGCAAGUUGAGCUUGGAGUCGCACCAGCGAGUUAUAGUUGGGAGCAAAGCAGCGAUUCAUCUACGUGAUCAUGGAGAGCAGUGAUGCUGGUGAUGAGCUGACAGAUGGCCUAAAUACUGAAUCAGCUACUGUCUGUCUCUCGGACUCCACAGAGGAGAGGACAAAUGUUUCUCCAGACACCAUGGACGUGGAUGACGACGGUUUAUUCAAACACUCUACCACUCUGACAAACAGGCAGCGAGGGAAUGAGGUCACAGUACGGCCAGCAACAUUAGACUCUCUGUCCAUACACCAGCUGGCAGCUCAGGGCGAGGUUUCACAGCUGACUACACACCUGAGUAAAGACAGCUCACUACUCAACAAACAGGAUGAACGGGGCUUCACGCCACUCAUGUGGGCGGCAGCAUUCGGAGAGAAAGCAGUGGUGGACUUUCUCUUGGAAAAGGGUGCAGACCCCAAAAUUAUUGCAAGGGAGCGAGAGAGCGCCCUAACCCUGGCCAGCUCCGGGGGUUUUGUCGACAUUGUCAAGUCUCUUCUUGGACACGGAGUAGACAUAAACACUUACGACUGGAAUGGUGGAACCCCUCUCCUCUAUGCUGUACGAGGGAACCACAUCAGAUGUGUAGAAGCGCUCUUAGCCAAAGGGGCAGAUUUGACCAUCGAGUCUGACUCUGGAUACACCCCAGUGGCCCUCGCUGUUGCUCUCGGACACAAAAAGAUUCAGAAAGUAUUGGAGGGCCACAUUCUGAGACUCUACACGCCUCCAACGUGACCCUCAUCCCAGCACUGUGAUAAACGGACCGGAGAGGCUGACACAGUUGAUGCUGGACUCAAGCACCUGUGUACAUCAUCAGCUAUGACGUGACUGAGAGACCAGUCAUUAGUAGGGAUAAAUACACUAACUUAGCCAUAUCCAUUCAUAACAUUUCUAAAUCAAGUUGUGCAUUCCAUUUGUAUGCAUCACUGAAGCAUAUAAAACAUUUGUUUAUAUAUAUAUAGAUAUAUAGAGAUAUAUACAUCUUUUAUACAAACAAAGAUUAAACUAUGAUCAA